ACUGCCUUCUCUUCCAUUUUUUUUCAGGUCAUUGGAAGGGAAAAAACAAUGAAUGGUCCAAGGAAUUCCAUCUUGUUGUCCGCUUUCCUUUCCAUGCUUCUCUUUCAUUCACGCACAGCAACAUCACAAGAAGUUGAGGAUGAGAGGGAGUUUAAUUACCUUGAAGGGAGUGGACAUGGACCUGAACAUUGGGGAGAGUUAAAUACAGAGUGGGAAUUGUGUAAGAAUGGCGAUAUGCAAUCUCCCAUAGAUUUGUUGGAUGAAAGGGUGCAAGUGGUGCCUGAUUUAGGAAAAUUGAAAAGGAGUUAUAAACCCACAAAUGCAAUUCUAAAGAAUAGGGGCCAUGAUAUAAUGUUGAAGUGGGUGGACAGUGCAGGAUCCAUUCACAUCAAUGGAACUCAAUAUUGGCUCCAUCAAUUUCACUGGCACUCACCUUCUGAGCAUACAAUCCAGGGUAGGAGGUAUGACUUAGAGAUGCACAUGGUUCACGGGAGCUCCGAUGGAAAGAUCGCUGUCAUUGGAAUUAUGUAUAAAAUUGGUCGGCCGGACACCUUUCUCUCAGAGCUGACGAAACAUAUAGAAGCAAUUGCUGAUGCCCAUGAAGGAGAGAGACAAGUGGGUGUGAUUGACCCGAGGCAUCUGAAGAUAGGAAGUAGAAUGUAUCACAGAUACAUUGGCUCUCUCACCGUUCCACCCUGCACUCAAGGAGUCCUCUGGACCAUUAUCAAGAAGAUUAGGACUGUUUCUAGAGAACAAGUGAGAUUACUAAGGAAGGCUGUUAAUGAUGAUUUUGAGAGGAAUGCAAGACCCACACAAGCAAUCAACAAACGUGCGAUACACCUUUACCGACCGAGGCCUGAUGACCUUCGUUCAUGACCUGGACAAACAUAAUUUUGAAUUUGAGCUAUUAUGUAUCCAUCGAUGUUGACUUCUAGAUACACAUACAAACAUUUAUUACAUUCAUUGAAAUUUUUACUGGUAACAUGACUUUUUUCUUCUUC